UAACAGUAACAUUGUGACCGGUUGCCUUGGUUACGGAUAAACCAGUAUACUAGUAUGGAAAGAGUUUUAUGACCCAGGCACGGGGUGUCAGAGGGGUAACGUGUGGGGGCGCACGUUUUUGUCCAUACUUUUUAGUAGGGUAGUAUGCGGAUGGUAGCCGGAGCCAUUAGGACCGCGGGCUGAGAGUAAGGUGGGAAAGAAGGGAAGUGACAACGAACCGGGGGGACAAGAAAGGUUUCCAGUAUGGCAACGAUAUCCUGAGCAUUAAGGGGAAAGUUCUAUAAGCUGCACGGACCCGGCGGGAGAGAAUGGACCCUCUGGCUGAGAGCAACCGAGCGACAUCUGACCUACUGAACCAGGCGGAACCAGACGGGCAGGAUGAGAAAACUGCACCUGCACGCACAGGUUGUGGAGCAGUGCUGGUGGGGUGCGCGGUGUCCAUGGCAUCCCUCAGUGGACUCAUGCUGGGCUACGAGAUGGGUCUGAUCUCCGGAGCACUGCUUCAGCUCAGGGAGGUUCUGGCGCUCUCGUGCCCGCAGCAAGAACAAGCCGUGGGUGCCCUGCUGCUCGGAGCGUUCCUGCUUUCAGUGGUAGGUGGCACCGUCGUGGACCGCUACGGACGCCGCUUUUCCAUCAUCCUCACGGCAGCGCUGUGCAUGUGCGGCACGCUGCUGAGCAUCUGCUCUCCAUCCUUCUGGACGCUCGUGGUGGGCCGUGUCUUGGUGGGAAUGGCCGUGGCACUCUCGGGCACAGCGUCGUGUCUGUACAUAGCAGAGGUGGCGCCCGCUGCCUGGCGUGGGAGAUGCGUAUGUGUGUACGAGCUGAUGGUGGUCCUGGGUGUCCUCCUGGGAUUUGGGCUGAGUUGGGUUUUCGCAGGAAUAGUGGACGGUUGGAGGUUCAUUUUAAGUGGAGUUCUGGUACCUGCAUGCCUGCAGAUGGCCAUCAUGCCUGUGUUGCCCCAAAGUCCACGCUUUCUCCUGACAAAGCACAGACAGAAGGAGGCACGGAAAACUCUAGCCCAGUUACGAGGGACCAUCCCGGAUGCGGUGGAGGAAGAGCUAAAGGUCAUCAUGGCAGCAUUGGGCGCUGAGAAUCAGCAAGGCUUUUUGGAUCUUUUUCGUUCCCGGGCCAAUAUGCGGAGGAGAAUGUUUGUGGGAAUGGCACUGGUGUUUCUCCAGCAGGCUACCGGACAGCCCAACCUUCUGGCCUACGCUUCCACCGUGCUGCGCGGGGUGGGAUUCCACAGUAACGAGGCUGCUACACUUGCUUCCACCGGCCUCGGUGUGGUUAAACUGAUUGGUACAGUCCCAGCAAUCUUACUAGUGGACCGGGUCGGACCCAAGGCUUUUCUGUGCGUCGGUGCCGUUGUCAUGACGUUGUCGACGGCGGCACUGGGCAGCGUAACACUACAUAGCCAAACUCAAGUAGCCAGCUUGUGUCAGAAUCCAGGCCAGCUCAAUCAAACCCUGAUGUGGAGGGGACAUGAUGCUAGCAUUAGGACAAACGCACACCGUGCUGAUUUUUUGUCAGAACAGAAUAACACUCAUCUUCGCAUAAACCCUUUUAAAUACACUCAGGUACCCUGGAUUUUAAACUCCACUCAGGACCACAGGGCAGCAGUAACGAACUCUGGAACCCCAGCAGGCGAUACUUGGAAAGAGAGAUCUGAGAUUUCACUAGAAUCCGUGUCCAUGAGUGAGGUGUCUCCUUCCCUGAAAUGGAUCUCUCUGGUUAGUCUGCUUAUCUAUGUGGCAGCUUUCUCCUUCAGCCUCGGACCAAUGGUCUACGUGGUUUUGAGCGAGAUCUUUCCCACCGGGAUCAGAGGAAAAGCCGUGUCUGUGGUCUCUGCCUUCAACUGGGCCAUAAACCUGCUCAUAUCCAUGACCUUCCUCACACUCACAGAGAAGAUCGGCCUCCCCAGUGUGAUCUUCUCAUACACUGCCAUGAGUUUCGUGCUGCUCAUAUUCGUCAUCGUGUUCGUGCCGGAGACGAAGGGCCGGUCUCUGGAGCAGAUCUCCAAAGAGCUUGCCAUGAAGAAUCAUCUUGACAGUAAUCUGUUGUGCCACCGAUGGAGAAAGAAGCCCAAGACCGAUCUGUCGCAGGAAGAGAAAUCCCUAGCAGCAGUUUGAUCCUGAACCGACAAGGAACGAGGAUGCAGAGUGUGAUGGAGCCUCAUCAAUAGAAAUUAGGAGAGAGAUUGUGAUGAGGCUGAGCCAACAUGGAUAACUAAGAGAGAUAUUCUGGUCAGUGACACGGCGGUCACACUCACGCUGUCCUGCAUCGCAGUGAAGGCUGAAAUGAAGUCAUUUAUUAUUAUUAUUAGUACGUCUUAAUCCUUUUCUAAGUAGGUGAUUUUAAAAAUACUGUAGGGCUGGAUUGUCACGACCAUGUUUGCAAAGACUUUUUGUAAAAAACAAACAAAAAAUUUUUUAUGUUAAAUCGUUAAAAAACAAUAAUGAUUUAAAUAGAUUUGAUCAUUUUAUUUCACAAAGUUUGAUGAAUUAUGUAUUAUAAAUAUAUAUUAUAUAAUUACAUUAUAAGGGAUUCCUCCUAAUCUGGUCUAGAACCUCCUCUAAAUAAAAACAAAACACACACUUUCUGACUUCAUUCAGCACAUGGAAGCAAAAUAUUGUGUAAAAUAUUGAAAUGACAACAUUGGAGUAAUGGAGUAUCAUGCAUAUGACUCUCACCAUACCUCACCCAAAAGCAGUAUGUAGCACGAUCACAAUAUCAGCAAUAUAAUCUGUAUAUAAAUAUUGCAGGGAACUAAAAGAGAAAAAAAAGGACCUUAACUUAUUUGUUGUAAAUGGUCUCAAUCUCAGGGGUGUUCCCAAAUUCCCAAGCUUUUUUUCGUAGCCUUUUGACCAUGUGGCGUCGCCUUAAAUCACCUACAAAUUCUCUACGCAUUAGCUAUAAAAUGGUAUCAUGUAGUUACAUAUUAUUGACGGAACGAUCAUCGAUGAUAAUCAAUUAUCAGUUGAUCGCCUGUGCAUUUCAAGCAAUCGAUUAGGAUAUGUGGCAGUCGAUUUCAAUCGUUAAAAAUUCCUAAAAUAUGCUACGUUGCAUGUUUUUCUUUUUUCUUUUGUCCUGUGCACCAAGGCAACUGCUGUGCAGUAAAAAAAUGCACAUGCAUGUACUCCUGGUAACUGCACAUGCUCACAACACAUUUGUUUUCACUAACCAGAUGUAGGUUUAUGGCUAACCGGGAAACUUUACAAUGACCAAGACUUAUGAUAAUGUAUUUAUAAACACCUCAUUUUUAAAAAGACUAAUAUUAAUUUCUCAUCUAUUGGUUUUUUUUUCUGGGUGUUUGAGUACUUUUUGGAAAGUCCCCGGUUCAACAACUAGCACCACCAAGGUGCCACUGUUGAGCCCUUGAGCAAGAAGGCCCUUAACUGCUCAGAUGUGUAAUAAGAUAGUCGCUGUGGAUAAGGGCGUCUGCCAAACACCGUAAAUGUAUUAUGGAAUGUUUACCGACUCCCAUCACCAAAGGCAAAGUACACAAAUCCUGUACUUGAAUAAAAGUAGAGAUUCCCUAGGGCAAAUAUUACUCAAGUAAAACUCCUCCAUUUACUUGUGUACCAGAGUUAAAGUACUCACCUUAAAAUAUACUUAAGUAACAAAAGUACACGGUGUGUAUUAACUCACAGCAACCUUUUUCAUAGUAAAUAAAAAAAUCUCUCUCUCUCUCUCUCUUUCUCUCUCUCUAUCUCUCUUUUUCUUCCCGAACUUGUUUCUUUUGUCGCUGUCUGCAACCAGCUCCACUUCUGAUGUCGUGGACGUACGCACUUAUGUAUAAUAGUCAGCAGGUGUCAAUUUCCAGUUGAAUAUUUUCUGUACUUUUGACUGGAGUAACAUAUAAAAUUAAUACAACUACUCAAAGUACAAAAUACAUUAAUUCUGUAAUCGAGUAAGGACGUAAAUGUACUCAUUCCUGACUCCAAGUCAUACGAACAAAGUGCCUACAAACUUGAGUAUCUACGACACCUCAGAAUUUGCUAUGUAUUGUCAAGAACUGUCUAGACGUGCUAUGAUUCCUCACCCUGAUAUCCAUCAUAUGGAUAACUACAGAAGCUGACCCAGACUUGUGUAAUAAGUGUCACCGUACGCAGGUAGCCCCCGAUUUACAAAGCCUCAGUCCAAUACAGUGGAAAACAGCUCUGGGACAAAAUGGCGUCCACGAUUCCCCUCACAAUUCGAAGGUGUAGAUACAACACUGUUACAUUUCACUGUGAGAUUAAUUUUCUUAGGCGCGAUUAUGUUUUUUGGCCACAUGAUGGCAGUGUGGGGAAAGGGGACAGUAAUUUAGUCAAGUAAAUUGGUAUGCUUUACAUUGUAUAUUAGUGUCAACGGCGUAUGUGACAAAUUAGACUUACAAACCUGCUCGCGGAACAAAACUCAUUUGCAUGUCGGGGACUACCUGUAAAGCGUACUUUUUAUUAGUUUGGUGCACAGGGUUUUUAAGGUGCACAGCUUUUAAGUGUAUUUUAUGCUUCUCUUUAUGAGAGGUUUUUUCAAGCACUCAAGUAUUGACAACUAAAGCCGUCCAUGUCAACACUAAACAAGGGAUUUGGCACAUUUUUAUGGUAAAAUCCAUAACAAAGAGGUACGAAGUAGUUACAAACUCGUACAGUCCAGCUUUACUGGUAACUUAAGAACUAUAUUUCAAAUUUUUUCCAGCAUGGUUAAAAUUAUUUGGUUUGUUUUUUUACUAUUUCCAGAUCUUUGGUUCAGGGUUAAAUUUGGGAAUGUGGGAAAUCUCUAAUACAGGCCAACUUUAGGUCACAGCUACAUAUCCUGGUAAUCUAAAUUGUUUAUUGUUCUUGUAAAAUUUGUUAUUAAUUAUUAUUUUUUAUCCAUAUAAAAACAGAAUUGUAUUUAAAAUUUCCUACGGUACUUAAAAAAAUCUUAUCAUGUGAAAACAAUAUAGGCAAAAAUUGUAAUGUUUCUCAUUAUACCACAGCAGUGUUCUUCAAUCUGAUUGGUCAAAAGGUGUUGAUUAUUAUUCUAGAUUAAUUCACUCUUUCUAGUCCAUUAUUGUUUAAAUAGCAACAUAUUAAAUUUGUCCUGAAAUUUGGUGAACGUUAAUGGCUAUUUAGUGUUUUUUUGGAAGGAGUCUCCAGUGUUAGAGCUUUAAAAUAUUUGUCACAAGCUGCGUGUUUUGAAAGCCAAUAAGACUGGAAAGGGAAAAGUUGUAAUAAAAAAAAAUAAAUGAUGGCAAAAACACUUAUUUGGACAGACUGCUGUAGUAUAAGAAGAAUGGAAGACUUUGGUACAUGCUGCUAUAGGAAAAUAAAUAAUGGUGUAAGAUCACUAUACAUACAGUAAAUAUGACAAGUCUACACAUCCCUGUUAUAAUUGAAGGUUUUAUUGCUUUUCCCUCUCUCGUGUGAAUUCUUUUGGAUGCUCCAUCAUGUUAUAGGCAGAAAAUGAUUUUGUAUACUUUUUUUAAUCCGGUUUAUUUUAAUGUUCUCACUUGUUAUAAUACUGUUAAAUAAUUUAGCUCAUUUAAAAAUUUAUUUCUGUAUACAUAUCAAUAGAAGACUAUAUUUAAAAUGAAUGAUGGAUUGAAUUAUCUUAUAUUUGUUUAAUAAUAAUCUUAUAAUGAGAGAUUCACUGCCUGGCCAAAAAAAAAAAAAAAGUCACAUCUUUAGCUUUAAUUAUGGCAUGCAGUGUGUAAGAAUGAUUCCUCAUGCCCCGGAAUCACACUUUCACAAUUUGAGUUCUGGAAUAUGUCUGUCUCGUCAAGGAAGAAAAACUCCACAGAUGUGAUAACCUGGUCAUUCAGUCCAUUCAGGUCGUCAGCUGACUAAAUGUUUUUGCCACACAAUGUUGCCGAAAUGCUCUUACUUUCAGUAUUAAACAUACCUGUUUAAAAUUUCCACCUAUUAAUUUUAUUUUCUGACCACAUGUCUUUCGCAAAGUGUUUUUUGGCCAGACAGUGUAUCUCAUACAUUUACCGAUAUAUAUAUAUAUAUAUAUAUAUAUACAGCAUCUCAAAAAAGUAAGUACACCACUUUAUUAUAUGUUCUCAAGGGACAAUUCUAUAGUAAUACUAUACUAUAUAGCUUUUAUUACAGUACAUAUUUACUAUCUUCUAACAAUAACUCAACAUACGGCCAUUAUUGUCUAAAUAACUGGCAACGAAAAUAAGUACACCCCAAGUGUCCACAGGGUGAAUAUUUUGUGUGAGCACUGUUGUUAUCUAUCACGGCCUUAAUCCUCCUGGGCCUGGAAUUUACCAUCAUGUUGUUGCUUGGAUCCUCUUCCACUCAUCCAUAAAUAAUGAUAUCACGGAGCUGCUGGAUUUUAGACACAAACUUUAAAAAAAAAAGGCUGUAUGUUGAGUUAUUUUCAAAAGUUUCAUUUCUAUAGUAUUCUCCUUUGAGAAGAUAAACUAAAAUGUUUGCUAAAAUUAGAAGGGUGUAUUCUCUUUUGUGAGUGGAUAUAAUAUAUCUUUAAGAAGUAUAUAUUUAUGCUAGCUGUGCCACUACUGUAUGUACUUUGCACUUCUGAUUUAAGUGCACACUACCUUAUGUCAUGAUUUGGAUUUGACUACAACUGUGAAAAUAAAGCAGUCUAACACUAUUAUGAAAUGAACUUAAUUUGAAGCAAAAUCCAUGAUUCCAUUCUGUGGUUGUAGGGAAUUGUAUGGGAUCAUGUGUACUGUAUACUGUAUAUCAAAUUGUCAUAGUGUUUUAUAAUAAAUAGG